UUGCAGGUGAUUCAAGAAGGUCGUUUUACCUGCGUGUGCCCAAAAGGCUUCAAAGGAGAUUACUGUGAAGUAAACGUAGACGACUGCGAGAGGAAUAAAUGUCAGAAUGGAGCAAAGUGUAUUGAUAUGAUAAAUUCCUAUCGAUGUGAGUGCGGACCAAUGUUCGGUGGAAAGUACUGUGAGGAGAAGUUGGAGUAUUGCAGUAAAAGACUAAAUCCAUGUGAGAAUGGUGCAAAGUGUCAUAGAGUUGGACCAGAUUACAGAUAA